CGCCGACUGACUGACAGGGCUGGCCCUCUGGUCCUGGGCCUGGGAUGCCGUGGCCUAUCGGUUACCCCCUGUCCUCCCAUCAGUCAGCCUGUGACUCCUCUACCCUUUCGCCUUCACAGGAGCCCGCCCUGGGCGUGAGCCUGAUCGACAGCGAAAGCGGCUUCAGCCAAUCGCCGACGGGCUUGCUCAGGCGGGGCCGAGAAGAGAGCUGUCCGCAUGCUGGUGGUGCUGAAAACAGCGCACUCCAGAGGCAUGUGAGGGAGCCCAGCAGAGAAAAUCAGUUGAAGGCGCCUGGCAGCUGGCCGGGGGCAAGUUGUAUGUAAGAGCAGGGGUCUCCCCAGGCCGUGUCCCGUCACCCUAGAUUUCUCACGAACGUGGAAAUUCGCCAUUUUCCUGGGGGAGGGGGAAGCCCGAUCCUCAUCAGCCUCUCUGUAAAGGGGAAGAAGUCCCAUGAAGGGUCCGGAUGUGGGGAGGGGGCAUAUUGGGGGGCCAGAGCAGGUGCGAACCCAGCUGUGCCGCCUCUCGGCGCCCUGGGAAGAGGACAUUCAGAUUCCAGAUGUGCUGGAAUGGUAGGGGGUGUGGGGACGUAAUUACUGCUAGGACCGGAGAGUUUCCUUUGCCUCCCCUAGGGGCCGCGGGAGUGAGGGCUACGGUCCUCGCUCAAAUGGUCCCUCCUUCCUGCUUCUGCACUUCCUCCUCCCCCCAAAAAAUAAAUCCUAGGCCCCUCCCCUCGACCGUCCCCAGGAUCUGACGUGGGCUCCAUACCUUUCUCAGCUUCUGCCUCCCGCAGCCCCAGUGCCCGAGCUUCGACUCUCUCGGUUCUGCAACCCCCUCCCCUUCCCACUCCUCUCCCGCAGAGCCCUGCUAGAGCCCAGUAGAGAUCCUCCGGAUUUCCAACCCCACCCCAGAGCUCCGGAAACCGCUUUGCCCCUCCCCACAUCCCCAGCUGGAGAUUCAGCCAGCCCGGUGGACCCAGGCGCCCAAGCAAGAGGGUAACCCGGGCGACCCAGCCUUUUCGGCCCUCUCGGCCCCACCCCCUGCACUCGGAGCCGCGCCCCCUUCUACCACCGACCGGGGAGCAGAAGACUGAAGAGGUUGGGCAAGGGGGGCCUCUAGGCGCCCCCCAGCCCAAUUCCACCCCUCCAUCCUAGGAGCACAAAAAUUGUCUUCCUUUGGUGACCCCUAGAAGGAGAAAAAAAAAUUAAAGGAAAGAUAAAAGGAGACGGAGGAAAGGUGGCAACUAGAUUAUUAAGGAGAGGCGCAGAGGAGAGAAAUCUGGGUGAGUCGCCAUGGGGACCCCCAGGGCCCAGCACCCGCCGCCUCCCCAGCUGCUGUUUCUAAUUCUGCUGAGCUGUCCCUGGAUUCAGGGUCUGCCCCUGACGGAGGAGGAGACACUGCUAGACCCUGGAAGUGAGACCCCCACAGUGGCCCCUGAGGCCCUGGCUGAGCUGCUCCAUGGGGCCCUGCUGAGGAGGGGCCCGGAGAUGGGCUACCUGCCGGGAUCUGAUCCAGGCCCUACACUAGCCACCCCUCCAGCCAGCCAGACUCUUGCAGCACCCUCCCUGCUGUGGGCCACUGAGCCAGGGACAGGGCCUCUGACGACAGCCGUGACCCCCAAGGGGGCCAGGGGGGCAGGCCCCACCGCGCCAGAGCUGCUGACCCCACCCCCAGGAACUACAGCCCCACCCUUGCCCAGCCCCGCCUCCCCAGGCCCACCCCUCAGUCCUGAGGGAGGGGAGGAGGAGACCACCACAACCAUCAUCACCACGACAACUGUCACCACCACAGUGACCAGCCCAGUUCUGUGUAACAACAACAUCUCCGAGGGUGAAGGGUAUGUGGAGUCUCCAGAUUUGGGGAGCACUGCCAGCCGCACCUUGGGGCUCCUGGACUGCACUUACAGCAUCCACGUCUACCCUGGCUACGGCAUUGAGAUCCAGGUGCAGACGCUGAACCUGUCUCGGGAGGAGGAACUGCUGGUGCUGGCUGGUGGGGGAUCUCCAGGCCUGGCCCCCAGACUCUUGGCCAACUCCUCUAUGCUGGGAGAAGGACAGGUUCUUCGGAGCCCAACCAACCGGCUGCUCCUGCACUUCCAGAGCCCGCGGUCCCCUAGAGGCAGUGGCUUCAGGAUCCACUAUCAGGCCUAUCUCCUGAGCUGCGGCUUCCCUCCCCGGCCAGCCCAUGGGGACGUGAGUGUGACGGACCUGCACCCUGGAGGUACUGCCACCUUCCACUGUGACUCGGGCUACCAGCUGCAGGGUGAGGAGACCCUUAUCUGCCUCAAUGGCACCCGGCCAGCUUGGAGCGGUGAACCCCCUAGCUGCAUGGCAUCCUGUGGUGGCACCAUCCACAACGCUACACUGGGCCACAUUGUGUCCCCCGAACCCGGGGGAGCAGCAGGGCCCAACCUCACCUGCCGCUGGGUCAUUGAAGCAGCCGAGGGACGCCGGCUGCACCUGCACUUCGAAAGGGUCUCACUAGAUGAGGACAAUGACAGGCUGAUGGUGCGCUCGGGAGGUGGUCCCUUAUCCCCGGUGAUCUAUGACUCAGACAUGGAUGAUGUUCCAGAACGGGGUCUCAUUAGUGAUGCCCAGUCCCUCUACGUGGAGCUGCUCUCAGAGACACCUGCCAACCCCCUGCUGCUGAGCCUCCGAUUUGAAGCCUUUGAGGAGGAUCGCUGCUUCGCCCCCUUCCUGGCACAUGGCAAUGUCAGCACCACGGACCCUGAGUAUCGCCCAGGGGCACUGGCCACCUUCUCAUGCCUCCCAGGAUAUGCCCUGGAGCCCCCUGGGCCCCCCAAUGCCAUCGAAUGUGUGGAUUCCACAGAACCCCAUUGGAAUGACACAGAGCCAGCCUGUAAGGCCAUGUGUGGAGGGGAGCUAUCUGAGCCUGCUGGUGUGGUCCUCUCUCCAGACUGGCCCCAGAGCUAUAGCCCUGGCCAGGACUGCGUUUGGGGCCUGCACGUCCAGGAGGAGAAGCGCAUCUUGCUCCAAGUUGAGAUCCUGAAUGUGCGUGAAGGGGACAUGCUGACGCUAUUCGACGGGGAUGGUCCCAGUGCCCGAGUCCUAGCCCAACUGCGGGGACCUCAGCCGCGCCGCCGCCUCCUCUCCUCCGGGCCCGACCUCACGCUGCAGUUCCAGGCUCCGCCCGGGCCCCCAAACCCGGGCCUGGGCCAGGGGUUCGUGCUACACUUCAAAGAGGUCCCGAGGAACGACACAUGCCCUGAGCUGCCACCUCCGGAGUGGGGCUGGAGGACGGCGUCCCAUGGGGACCUGAUCCGGGGCACAGUGCUUACUUACCAGUGCGAGCCUGGCUAUGAACUGCUUGGGUCCGACAUUCUUACCUGCCAGUGGGACCUGUCCUGGAGCGCUGCGCCGCCUGCCUGCCAAAAGAUCAUGACUUGUGCCGACCCUGGUGAAAUCACCAAUGGGCACCGCACCGCCUCAGAUGCUGGCUUCCCUGUUGGCUCCCACGUCCAGUACCGCUGCCUGCCAGGAUAUAGCCUGGAGGGGGCGGCUGUACUCACCUGCUACAGCCGGGACACAGGCACGCCCAAGUGGAGCGACCGCGUACCCAAGUGCGCCUUGAAGUACGAGCCGUGCCUGAACCCCGGAGUUCCAGAGAAUGGCUACCAGACCUUAUACAAGCAUCACUACCAGGCUGGCGAAUCCCUGCGCUUCUUUUGCUAUGAGGGCUUUGAGCUCAUCGGCGAGGUCACCAUCACCUGUGUGCCUGGCCACCCCUCGCAGUGGACCAGCCAGCCCCCGCUCUGCAAAGUGGCCUAUGAGGAGCUCCUGGACAACCGAAAACUGGAAGUGACCCAGACCACAGACCCAUCACGGCAGCUGGAGGGUGGGAACCUUGCCUUGGCCAUCCUUCUGCCCCUAGGUUUGGUCAUUAUACUCGGCAGUGGUGUUUAUAUAUACUAUACCAAGCUGCAGGGAAAAUCCCUCUUUGGCUUCUCGGGCUCCCACUCCUAUAGCCCCAUCACUGUGGAGUCGGACUUCAGCAACCCUUUGUAUGAAGCUGGGGAUACACGGGAGUAUGAAGUUUCCAUCUGAAUCCCAAGACGGAGGUUACAGGAUCCAGGACGCCUCUCCCUCCUGAUUCUGGGCAGGGGGCAGUUCAGGACCUGGUUUCUGG